GCUGCUAAACAGAUCAAAGACAGUGUGACGAUGGCUCCGGCUUUCCGCCUCUCUCUCAAGGCUAAAGUAACCGACAACAUGAGCCAUUUAAUGGUGGAUUUUGCCCAGGAACGCCAAAUGCUACACUCUCUCAAAUUCCUGCCAGUUCCCAGCGCGCCCGAGAUAGACGUGGCUGAAUCGUUGGUGGCUGACAACUGCGUAACGCUCGUUUGGAAAAUGCCGGAAGAAGAUAGCAAGAUUGACCAUUACGUGAUGGAAUAUCGCAAGACCAACUUCGAAGGGCCUCCUCGGGUCAAGGAAGACCAUCCCUGGAUGGUUAUUGAAGGGAUCAAACAAACUGAGUAUACGUUGUCUGGGCUUAAAUUUGAUAUGAAGUACAUGAAUUUUCGGGUCAAAGCUUGCAACAAAGCUGUUGCAGGAGAGUUUUCGGAGUCAGUCACUUUGGAAACAAGAGCCUUCAUGUACCGCCUGGAUGGCAGCACCAGCCACCUGAAUCUCAAGGUGGAAGACCUGAGUGUGGAAUGGGACGCCAUGGGCGGGAAGGUGCAAGACAUGAAAGCGCGAGAAAAGGACGGGAAGGGCCGAACCGCCUCCCCGGUUAAUUCUCCAGCCAGGUGCGUCCAGUCUCCAAAAAGGAUGCCAACAGGCCGCGGAGGGAGAGACCGAUUCACCGCCGAAUCCUACACGGUGUUAGGUGACACCUUGAUUGACAGUGGUGACCACUACUGGGAGGUACGCUACGAUCGGGACAGCAAGGCCUUUGCGGUGGGCGUGGCUUAUCGGACUUUGGGCAAGUUUGACCAGCUGGGCAAAACUUCUUCUUCUUGGUGCCUUCAUCUUAACAACUGGCUACAGGUCAGCUUCACAGCCAAACACAACAACAAAGCCAAAAUCUUGGACAUCCCAGUUCCGGAUAUUCUAGGCGUCUAUUGCAAUUUCCACGAAGGAUUUCUCUCCUUCUACAACGCCAAAACCAAACAGUUGCUGCACACGUUUCGGGCCAAAUUUACCCAACCGGUUCUCCCGGCCUUUAUGGUGUGGUGUGGCAGCUUCCACGUCUACUCUGGUUUGCAAGUUCCCAGCGCCGUCAAAUGCCUUCAGAGGCGCAACAGCGCAACAAGCAGUUCCACCACCAGUCUCACUUAAUGACGCCCAUCACAUUCCUCCUCUCCAAGACGGAGAGACGGUCCAUUCACGGUCACAGACCCCACUGUAUUU